CUACCGCGCUGCAGCUUGUCACUGCCACGUGGGAGUUGCGACAAACACUCAUUGACUUUCCACACAGAGCAGAGACAUCGUGGAGGCCUCCUACGCAUUACAAUGUUGCACUGGCUAGCAGGUCAAAAGCCGCCAGAAGGACCACCAGACCCAGACGCAACAGAAUCUCUGGAGCCUCCAGAGACACCAGCCCCGGUGUUCGCUGUUCGAGCGUUCAAGCAUGCUAUCUGGGGCACCCCGCAGACCACACAGCCAAAUGCGCGUCGUUACUCGAACACGGAGCACGUAAGGCCAAGGGCGCAAGGGCCACGAGCAGACCGCCCGCCACUAGCAGCCCGACCGAAAAGCGCAGGUGAUGCGCGAGGACUUCGUGACGACCGGGAGCCGCUUGUGCCGGAGCCAGUGGCCUCCCCAACCAAAGGCAUACUCUUGACUCCUGGUACUGCGACGGCGAAGCGGAAGACCGUGUCUUUUGGUGAUCAUGUAAACAAUAACGAGGCCAAACGGCCAGUUAAGACUGGCUUGCCUGAUGACUGUCCUGGCAAGUUUCCGAGUCCGUGGUCCAACGCGGGCGCGGACAACGAUGAUCUUGACGAGCAUGCUGAGAAGGGGGCCGGGAGUGGCAAGCUCACAAGAGCGCUUGAGCAAGCGCGCGAAGAGUCUGUGGAGCGAACUGCUAAGAUGGUGCGACAUGACGAGGCUCCCGAUGCGGACGGUGGGCGCCCUGUCCGUGACUGCUGCAAAGCCUGGAAGACACAAUAUGACAGCUACCGCGAGAGCUCACAGCGUGAGAUCAGGAAGCUGAUCGUCAAGCAUAAGGCAGCAAAGAGUUUCGCUAAGGAGAAGGACUUCCAGUGCACAGACCUUGCCGACCAACUACGCAUUGAGAAGAAGAGGGCGGAGAAGCUCGAGAAGCGGACGGCUGAGUUAGAGGCUCAGAUAGAAGCGAUGCAAGCGCGGGUGAUGGAAGUAGACCCCAAGGGCCUUGCGAGCGUUACAGCCCGUGGAGCUGGGUCUGCCUCUGGCCUCCAAGAAGUGCAGCCUGACCAGCAGCCACAGACUGGGCAGCUAUCCGCAGCUGAAAAGCAACCAUUGAAGGCUAAAGCUUCGACGUCAACGCCAUCGUAUGUGGCAAAGGAGUCAGCCGAGGUAGAGAAGCAGACGUCUUCGUUCGGAACACAGACACGAGCGAGGCAGCGAAGCACUGGUGGCAAACCGAAGACCGACGAUCUCUGGGACCAGUCUUUCGCGCCUUCCAGCUUGGCCGGCGUCAGACCCAUUGAGCAGCGUGCAGUCUCGCCAAAAGCCGGACGUGCAGUAACGAGCGGAACAUGCGCUACUCCACUGAAGUCAUUGAGUGUCAACACAAUGCCUACGACCAAGCUCACGCGAAGAGAUUCUGCGCAGCCGUCCCCACCAGCAGAUCGCUUCGCCAAGGAGCCUUUGAUACGUCAAGAGGUGAUUCAGCCGGCAACGUGCGGAAACCGGGGCAGCGUGGCUCGGAAUGACUCUCCGAUACUAUCUUCUGACCUCCCUGAACCCUCUGCGAAACCAAUCACAGCCGGACGUGCGACCUCGAUGUCACCGACACCACGCAAAGCCGCUUCCUCCGCUCCUGCAGAUGACCCCUCCGUGGCUAUACCGGCUUCAAGCCCCUUUGAUUUGACGCCGAGUCUGUCGCCCGUCCGCGUUGAUGGCAAGACGACAUCGUACUUUGACCGAAUCUCACAGCAGGCAGCCAAGCCUUCCGCAGUCGAAGCGAAAGACCCAGUCGGGUCUGCCGUUUCGAGGCCGAACAUGACUGAGACUAUCAAGCCUACCGCAGCGUGGAAUGCAAUCAAUGCGCCUAAUGUGGGCAGGCGCGUCACAAGUCUGACAGAUAGGAACGGUAAAGAGCUGGAUCAAGCUCGUAUGGAAGCUGCAAAGGCACGGCUUGCCGCUCGUGGGAGAGUUGUCUCGUGAAGGUGCAGGCAAUACUGCCCGCUCAACCUCAUGAAAUUUAGCAUGGUGUUGGGGCCCUGUUUGAGAGUCCCUUGCAGUGUGGGAUACUAGUAAUUCGUUAUUGUACCUUCGUUGGAAUCAUGUCUGCACUACGCAUAAAUCUGAGUUCU